CCAUGCACCCCGGGGCCCCCACAGCCCCUGGAGUUUCGGAGCCCAGCCCCCGGGAGCUGUGUGCCUUUGUGAGCGGGGCGGCCGCCCACAUGCUGCGCGCCCUGCACCCCCGGCGGACCCGGCCCCCCAAGAGGAGGCCCAACCACAGGCGGUUCCUGCACAAUCAGAUCUGCAGGCAGUUUGCCAGGAUUGAGGCUGCCACCCAGCGCCUGGCCCUGUCCAUCCUGUCCCAGGAGGCGCCUCCCCGGAGACCGGCGCCCCGGGGCCCGCCCCCGCCGCCUCCAUCCCCCUUCCUGGGCGUGGCCCGCGCCGUGGCCCCCACCGAGGCGCCCCGGGCUGGCCCCCGCCUGAGCCUGGCCGCGCUGGAGGCCUCCAGCCUGGACCGCAUCCGGAGCAUCGCACUCUCCCCGGAGCCGCCCUCGGUGCCCGCCGACCUUUCCCACCACGCAGAGGGCCAGCCAGACCCCAGGCAGCCCCUGCCUCCCUGCGACCCCCUGCGCCUGCCGCUGCCUCCCUGCGACCCCCUGCGCCUGCCCCUGCAACCCUGGGCUGAGCUCCUGGCCCCUGAGGGCGCCUGGGUGGGCAGGUGGGAGGUGACGCCUUGUGCUCACCAUUCUCAGGGGGUCCCCGAUGGCUGGGGGGCCUGCUUCCCAUGACGCCCAGUCACAACCCAGCUCAGUCCCUGGACCAGCCAGAGGCACCCCCAUGACAGCUCUGGAGCCCCCACCCUCGGCCAGGAGCCCCCCCCCCCCACUCCUCUCCUGGCAACUUCUGGGAAAAUGGCCCAAGGCCAGACCCCCACCUGAGGCCUGGGCCUCUCCUCUGCCUCUUCCAGGCAGGCCCCCUCCUGCUCUCUCUCCCCUCCACCUUUGCCCUUCUUUCUACCCAGCCCCAGCUCCGCAAGUCCUCACUGCAGCCCCCUGUCACCCUGGCUCAUCUCUGCCUGAUGUCUGGGCUCAUCUCAUUUAUUCGCAGAGAUGCAUUGAGCACCUACUAUGUGCUGGGGAUUCAGCAGUGAAUAAAAUAAGCGAGGUCGCUGCGUUUG